CUGUCAUGUGAUCAGCUGUGUCCAAUUACAGCUCAUCGCAUGGGACAUCUACACUGAUCAUCAGGGCACUGAUGAUCAGUGUGCCCUGAUGAUCAGUGUAUCCCCAUCAGUGCCACCUGUCAGUGUCCAUUAAUGCCACCUGUCGGUGCCCAUCAAUGCCACCUGCCAGUGCCCAUCAAUGCCACAUAUCAGUGCCUACCAGUGCACAUCAAUGCCACAUAUCAGUACCCAUCUGAGCUGCCUUUCAGUGCUACUAAUCAGUGCCGCCUAUCAGUGCCAGUCAGUGUUGCCUAUCAGUGCCCGUCAGUG